GAAAGAACGGGAGAGUUAUAUGGGCAUUCGAGGUGGUCCGAUCCGUCCGAUCACAGAAGGUUGGUGUACUAGUGUGCGUACCAUUUAAAAUCACGUACUUGUAAGCAAGAACCUGACAAGCAAUAAAGAUUUUGUAUCGAGCCUACGCGUGAGUGGAUUGUAAAAUUACGGAAACUUCCAAAACGGUUUAAUAAAAUCUAAACAAAUCAAGAAAAAAUGAUGUGUAAAAAUGAAAAUAUAUCUUCGUUUGAAUGUUGCUUAAAUUGUUGCUGUUUCUAUCUGCUUGGUAUCGAAGGUGGACUGGGCGUAGCCUGACAUCGGGAUCAGUUGGUUAACUUUCAGAGGUUAUUAUUGUUUACAUUUCUGUUGUUGCCUCGACAUGGCCCGCAAGUAUUCUAAGUUGGAUAAUAAUAUAGUAGUUUUGGAUCAUAAACUGUUCGUAGAUAAUGUUUAUUCCUCGAAUAAAUUUUUCGAUCAAAGCAUAGAAAGAGCGGUAAUAAAGCCUGAGUUGUUUUGCAUCGAUGCCCCGUACAGACAAAAACGGUGUAACGAUGAAUUUAUCGGUAAUCAAAAACGGAAGAAACGGAAAGGAACUAACCAGUUUGACGAAACAACGGCGAAGGUGCAAAGAAAUUAUAUCGAAUAUCAACAGUUAGAAGAACGCUCCAAAUCAAACACAAUACCUAACAAUACAAAGGCACUCGAGUUGGUAAAUGACUUCAUAUCUAGUGACAGUUACGAUCCGGAGACUAGAUUUAUUGGAUCCAAUGAUUCUGCAUUCACAGUGAUUUGCAAUUUUUUCAAUCAGUCAUACAUUAUUCCUCCAAACUGUCGAUUUUUCAACUCAAAUGUUAGUAACAUACACAGCUUACUGAAUCCUGACGAAGAAAAGUUCGAUUUUAUUGUAAUGGAUCCCCCUUGGUGGAAUAAAUACAUUCGACGAGCAAAAGCUGCAAACCAAAGAAUUGGAUACCAGAUGAUGGACAACGAGAGCAUUAAAAGUAUGCCACUGGAAAAUUAUAUCCAUGAGGAUACAAUUGUGGCGAUAUGGUGUACAAACUCACCAACCCACGAAGCUGCAAUGAAGGGAAUAUUUCUCGAUAAAUGGAAACUUAAACUAUUGGCCGUCUGGUUUUGGGUGAAAGUUACCAAGUAUGGUGAAACGGUCUGCGAUUUUAAUGAUAGCAGUAAAAAGCAACCUUACGAGAAGAUCUUUAUUGCUACAGCUGCUCACAAUAACAAGUGGACAAUUCCUAACAACCGAUUCAUUUACAGUGUACCGUGUGCAUUGCAUUCUAAUAAACCACCUUUACUAGAUUUAUUCAUUGAUUUGCUUCCCAACAAGCCAAGGUGCUUGGAAUUAUUUGCACGAAAUGUUUAUCCGAACUUCACAUCGAUCGGGAUAGAAGUGCUAAAACUACAAAACACAAGACUGUUCGAAAUAAUAAAAGUUGUAUGAUAAAACGAAUAAAUAGGCUUCU